ACUGUGGCACUGGCACUGGUGCUUGCCGCCAGCAAGGUAUCGGCCCACACUACCAUGUUCAGCGUCCAGGUCGACGGGGCAGACCAAGGAGACGGCAGGAACGUCUACAUCAGGUCGCCCCCCAACAACAGCCCGGUGAAGGACCUGGCCAGCCCGGACCUCGUGUGCAACGUCAACGGCGGCAGGGCCGUCAGCUCCUUUGUCAAGGCGGCCGCCGGCGCCACCCUGACGUUUGAGUGGUUCCACGACAACCGAAACGACGACAUCAUCGACGGCACGCACAAGGGCCCCAUCAUCACCUACAUCGCGCCCUUCACGGCAACCAACGGGGCGCAGUCCAUCUGGACCAAGAUCGCCGAGGACGGCUUUGACAGCGCCACCAAGCUGUGGGCCAUCGACAAGCUCAAGUCUAACGCCGGCAAGAACAGCUUCGUCCUUCCCGCCAGCAUCGCCCCUGGCCAGUACCUAGUCCGCCAGGAGAUCAUUGCGCUGCACGAGUCCGACGCCACGUUCAACGUCAACCCCGCCCGCGGUGCUCAGUUCUAUCCCAGCUGCGUCCAGGUCGAGGUUACCGGCUCCGGCACCGUCGUCCCGAGCGACAACUUCAACUUCAACACGGGCUACACCUACUCGGACCCCGGCAUUGCCUUCAACCUGUAUGCUGCGUUCACCAGCUACACCAUCCCCGGCCCCAAGGUCUUCUCCGGCGCCGCGGCUGUCGGCGGCUCGCCUGCUACUGCCCCCGUAGCGACCGCCACCGCUGUGUCAUCCAGGGCCGUUGUGGUCCCCACCACCGCCCCGGCUGCCGUC